AUGUCCAACAACAACUUUGGUCAAGGAGGCCCGGCGGGCACCGAGAAGAUCAACACCGAGAUUGUCACGCUCUCGAGACACCUGAGUGAGGAGCAGGUGAAGCACAAGGAGGCCACGGGUGACUUCACACUACUAUGCCACGCGCUGCAGUUCUCCUUCAAGUCAAUUGCUUACUACAUCCGCCGAGCAUCAUUGAUCAACCUUUCUGGCUUGGCCGGCUCUUCMAACAUCACCGGGGAUGAUCAGAAGAAGCUUGAUGUGAUCGGCAAUGACAUCUUCAUCGCCGCGAUGCGAUCGAGCGGCCGUGUCCGCGUUCUCGUGUCAGAGGAGGAGGAAGAGGCUAUUGUGUUCGAGGACAGCCCGCACGCUCGAUACGCCGUGGCUUGUGAUCCCAUCGAUGGCAGCAGCAACCUGGACGCCGGUGUCUCGGUCGGUACCAUUUUUGGUAUCUAUCGUCUUGCAGAGGGGUCCAAGGGCACAAAAGAGGAUCUCCUUCGUCCCGGCAGCGACUUGGUGGCAGCUGGCUUCACCAUGUAUGGAGCCUCUGCCCAGCUCGUCCUGACCAUGCAAGGUGGGCCUGUCAAUGGCUUCACCAUGGACAAUGCUCUUGGCGAGUUCAUCUUGACUCACCCGAACAUGCAAAUGCCCAAGAAGCGUGCCAUUUACAGCUGCAACGAGGGUAACAGCAAGUACUGGGACGAGCCAGUAAAGGAGUGGGUGGAGGGCUUGAAGCAGGCAGAGAAGCCAUACUCGGCACGAUACAUCGGCUCCAUGGUUGCAGAUGCGUACCGAACGCUGUUGUACGGAGGCAUCUUUGCCUACCCAGCCGACAAGAAGUCUCCCAAGGGCAAGCUUCGAAUCUUGUACGAGUGUGGUCCCAUGGCCAUGGUAUUUGAGAAUGCUGGCGGUCAGGCAGUCGACAGCAAGAUGCGUCGUAUGGUCAACGUUGUCCCGGAACACAUUCACGACCGGAGCGGAAUCUUCUUGGGCAGCUACGAUGAGGUUCAGAAAGUCAUCGACAUCCACAAGAAGCACGGCAUCUCAGCAUGA